GAGACGAACUAUUAAAGUGCAAUUUGUAAACAAUAAAAUUAUAUUUAAUAAAUCUUAACUUAAUGUUAACAAAAUAAUGAUUUCAAUAACUAAAGAAAAUGCUAAAAAUCAUUGUCGUACGUGUUUAAUAAAAUUAAAGGCUAUAACCUCUGAAAAAAGUGAAGAUUUACUCAAUGGGCUUAAUUUGGAGUUUUUGGAUGAAGAUGAAAAUAAAGACAAUAUUAAUAUUCAAAUAACUACAGAAAUGCAGGAAAUAAUUGAGAAAUAUAUUGCAGAAAAAAGGAUACUGGAUGUAAAUUAUCCAGACAACUUAUGUUUCAUAUGUUACAGCAAAUUACAAAGUUUUAUUAUAUUUCGAAGACAGGCGCAAGAAUGCGCAGCAAAGUUGCAUUUAAUAUUUAAUAAUUUGGAGUCGACAAGUAAUACAACAUUUGAUAUAAAAGAAACAGAUGAAAAGUCGAAAAUUGGAAGUCCAGAUGAUAUUUACAAAUUACUACUUAGAGAUUCCUUGAUGGAGACAGAAUCAAUUCUGUUGGAUAGCUGCGGUUCGGUAGCGUUAGCUAGUACAACAAUACAAGAUCCCGAUCCUUUUGAUACAUCAGCUUCAACGCCACUUUCUAAGGUUAUCGUUCCAAAUAAUAACAGUGAUACAGAAUACCUCUGGCAAGAGUGUGCCGGAAGUGUAGGCAGUAGUUCGCAUAACGAUUCUUCCAGUGAUGAAUCAGGUAAAGAAAAGCAUAAGUCUGAUCACGAAAAUGACACUAUCAAACAGGAAGAGAAAAUUACUCGUUUACGUCCUAGAAGAAUUGCAUGUGAAACUAUAACCCUAAAAAUGGAGAAGAAAAAAAGACGCACGAAAAAGGAAAUGGAAGAAUGGCGACGUUUACAAACUAAUAAAGCAGAAAGCAAAAUCAAGCGACGAAAUAAAGGCACAAAGAAUAAUUAUAAAUGUAGAUUAUGCAAUCAUUGUUUUGCACAUAAGAUUACUCUGGAUGCACAUAUACGCAAAGUGCAUGAGGGAAGUAAGCGACCAUUUCAAUGUGAUCGCUGCGACAAGGCUUACACAUUUAUUGGUGGUUUAUACACGCACAUAAAAGAGAUACAUGAGACAGAGGUAAGAUCAUAUGCUUGUGAUUAUUCUGGCUGUGAUCGGAUAUACACCAGCUUUAUAGCCAUGCAGAAACACAAACGUCUUAAACACACCGAUCUUGAAAGCCAGAAAAAGUAUGUAUGCGAACAAUGUGGUGCCACAUUUAAUCAAAGUGGAAAUCUAAAAUACCAUCGGAAAACAAAACAUCCCACUGAAGCAGAGCAAGCGGAAAAGGAGAAGUGCAAAGAACGUUUCGAAUGCACUGUCUGCAAUAAACUUUUUCAUUCUCGUUACACUUUAAAAUAUCACACAUUACAAUUGCAUUCAAAUGACAUGAAAUAUGAGUGCAACGUUUGUGGGCGACGUAUGGCCAAAAAGUUUAUGCUCGUGCAGCAUAUGUUGGUGCAUUCAACAGAGAAAAUGCCAUGCGAACAUUGCGGUAAACAGUUCAUACGAAAAUUUGAACUUGAAGCGCAUAUACGGGCUGUGCAUAUGAAACUUAAACCGUUCGAAUGUCAAUAUUGCUCGGAAUGUUUUGCAUCACGGAAAACUUUAAGACAUCACGAAUAUAUACACACGGGUGAAAAACCCUAUGUGUGCGAUAUCUGCGGACAAGCAUAUCGACAGCAGACUUGCCUCAAAAAUCAUAGGAAAUCACACGAAAAAUUAACUCCCUCAGGGCUGCUGGCAGCAAACAUAAGUCGGACGUUAAUGAACACAUUACUGGCGCCACAACAACCCACAGUUUCAAAUGCUAAUUUUAACUGAUACUUUAUGCGUACACUGGGCUAAAUCUUUACAAUAACGUACAAGUUCGUUUCUAUUAAUAUCGAAACGACUUUACUCAAAACGAAAAACUUCACUUAAUACAAGGAAAUAGCAUAAAAUAGACAAAGGUAGUAAAUCUUCAAUAUAAAUCUGGUUUGAAUGCCUACUUGAUUUAUAAGGGACAAGUAUUGCGUUUUUGGAACUUCUAUAUAAAUUUUUUUUAUACUAUUGUAUAUUUAUUUAUUAAAUCUAUUCUUAAGCAGAUAACAAUAAGUUAUAAAAUCGUAUUCUACCAUAAACAACAACUGCUUUUUUGUGUCUGAUAAGGAACUCAACUUCUAUUAAGAAGCAGGAUGAGCGUUCUUCCAAUCUGAUUUGGUACAUUUAUUCCGUAGCAAUUUUUAUAAAGUAUUUUUCUUUUAAGUGAUUAUUUUAACACCUGUGCAAUGAAAAAGAUAUAAUAUACUAUGGAAAAACGUUAUAAUAUAUUAA